AUGACGGGCGAGAGAAGACCCGGCGGAGCCUAUCGUCCUAUGAUCAUGUCACGACACCCCACUGACAAUAUUACUAAACCUUCCUUAUUAUGUGAAGGUUUAGCUAAAGUGACCGAACUUCAUAAAACACGGCGUAAUGACACCAUUUCCGAAGAGGAGCUCCCAGGUGGAAGAAAUAGUAAUCGUUGUGAAGACGUGCAAGUAAUAUACUGUGUGCAGAAGACAAACAAUGGAGAGUCCAACCGGCCUGAACCAAUAACUCCUGAUGUGCCCAGUUGUUGCUGUUUCGUUCAAUAUUGA